GGGUGGGAGCGCAGGCGAUGGGGCGGCUGCUCCUCCUGCCCCUGCCCAGCUGGGACGGUUCUCAUCAGGAGGAGCCGUGUUCCCAAGAAACAUUGAUUUUUGUGGUAUCAACUCCUUAUCCUUGGAUGGCUGCUUCUUCCCAGCUCAGGGUUGGGAAUCAUACCGUAUGGUUUGGGGGCUGCAGAGCUGCAUGUCCAUCACAGGAAUGUUCUCCUAACCAAAUGCUCACAAGCACUGCUGAUCUACCAAGAUUUUCAGAAGGCCAUAAAUCACCCUAAAUAGCUCAGGCCAAUGGGAGUCCCGUUUCUUUGACUUGGAAUCUGUCAAGGCAGCUCAUGAAAUCAGAUGCAAGUUUAUCCUCAAAUCAGGAGCUUUCAGGAGAUCUGGAGCCAAAGGAUGAAACCGUUCCCCGACCAUCCAGCCCAGGAGUCUUGGAGCACAUCCUGCUGACCAGGGACCGUCCUGAAGACUUGAAUACCAAACUCCUGCUUUGCAAUGACCAGUCAUUCCCAGAUUACCCGGUGUUCCCUGUUGUGUACCUGCCCUACUACAGAACAACUGACAUCUUUAUCAGCCCAUCUUCCCUCACUGCACCAUACAUCAGCACAGAAACAGAAGAAAGCUUCAAUGAAGACAGGGUUAACACUAAGCAGGAUGAGAAAACCACCCCACCAAGUUUGAAGUCAGACAAGAGGGCACUUUCUUCUGUGACCAACGAAGAGCCACCAGCCCACCAGCUCCUAAGAGACAACACCUCUGAACAGUGCCUGUCCCUGACCUCCUUCCCCAGUGAGCUGCCAGGUCUGAACCAGCCCCUUCCCUCCAGUGGGUACUUCCCUCACUACAGGACAGAGGGAGAGCUCUGUACUGGCCCAGCUCUAGGGGACAGGUUCGUCACUGGGAGAGAAGGUCUAGAGAACAAAGAGGGAGGACAAGGGAGAGAAACAGGUAUCUGGAAUCUCCGUGCCAGCUGCUUGGUGUGCUGAGAACAAAGCAGGGGCUCUGUCUUUGUCAGCAAAAGAUUAAACCAACGCAAGCAUGAAUGAGAAGCUCUUAAAACCUACAGCACCAUGAAAAUCUGAAUGAAUAUGGAGUACAAAAACUCCUCCCCUCAAACAAAACAACAAGUGAUAACCUGGACUGUGUAAUGACAGCAGAAAGCAACAGAGAGGGAAAUAACUGAUUUGGGGGAAUCCAGAUAAACUUGCUCUAGAAAACAUCCUGGAGGAGGAGGGUGAGGAAGAGAACUGUGUUUCUCUGUGGCUAAUCCCAAAGGCUAGACGUUCACUUGAGAGGUGUGCAACUAUGGGAAAUGGCCAAUGGGAAAAAAAAAAAAAAUUAUUUCAAUCUAAGCUGCUUGGAGGAAUUAAGCAGAAACAUAAUUUCCAGUAGGGAUUGGGAAAUACAUUUCCUCUCCCCUCCACUACAAUCCUUCCAUUGUAUUAAUGGCAUCUGUUAAACCUGGUUACUGUGCACAACAAUCAUACACAGGAGAAAAAAAACAUUUUUAUUUAAAUUCU